UACGGCAUUAUAUAUUGACUUGGAUUAUGCUACAGUAACGUGUUCGACAGUGAUUUAUCUCGAAACAGUGAUGAUACCUUUUUAAACGAAUUAGAUAAGCUUUUAAUCGCUUUACAUGUGUCAGAGAUCGGUAUACUUAGAUAAUAAUUUACGGUGCUGAAACAAUCAUCUGAUAGAACGCUUUAUUAUGUCUUUAAGUAAAUUAUGACUGAAUCUUCCAGACCGGAAACGGGGUGAUAGUAGGGACAGGUAAAGCAAGCACAUGUUUAGGUUUCCCACACGCAGUCGGCUGUACAGUAUAUAAGUGUUCAUUUCAUUAUUUGUGUUAUUCAUGGCUUUUAGUCAAGUUAAUAAUUUUCUACGGCAAGAAAAUUUUAUGUGCACUAUUGUUACAUUAAAGGAAUAGUUAAAAAAUUGAAUAUCAAAUUUCGUGCCAAUUUUUAUUUUAAUUGCUGAUAAAUUGGUAUAAUUAGUGAAACAAGUUCGUGUAAGAUAUUCUAGCCUUGGUAUACAAACAUUACAGAAAUAUUUAGACUGCAUGUACUGUGCAUUAUCAUUCUUCAACGGUAUUUUGUGUAUAUUAAAUCUAAGUUCAUAAGGACAUAUUAUAAACAAAGGAUUUAACUACAAAAGUUUAGGGAUCAAUAGUGAACUUGAUAGAUCAGAGAUAGGAAAAUCUAUGUUUUAAGUGCUACCUAGGAACCGGAAGUAAUAUGCCAAGAUGACAGAAACACAAUGGAAUGGGACUGUGUUAUAUCUGUUAGGAAUAGUACAAGCAAUAUUUGUUGUUGUAAAUGCAAACGUAUGGUGGAGUCUUGGCACAAAUCCACGAAUGUUAAUGGUUGGAGUACAACCAUUUUGUACAGAACUUAGAGAGUUAUCACCCGGACAAAUCCGUGCUUGUCAAAACCACCAUGAUCAUAUGCCCAGUGUUGGUAGAGGGGCACGAUUAGGUAUAACAGAAUGCCAAACACAAUUUAAAAAUCGUCGAUGGAACUGUACAACCAUAGAAGACGACAGAACCGUCUUUGGUCCUGUUAUACAAAUAGCGAGCCGCGAGGCAGCUUUUAUGCAUUCAAUAUUAGCAGCAGGAGUUGUUAGUGCUAUAGCACGGUCGUGCCGUAAUGGUGAACUAAGUUCGUGUCACUGUAGUAAAGCAUUACGCCCUAAAGAACUAGUAAGGGACUGGAUCUGGGGUGGGUGUGGUGAUAAUAUACAAUACGGGUAUAAAUUUGGAAGUUAUUUUGUUGAUCUUAGAGAAAAAGAUAAAAAUCACCCAAGACUUUCUCCUGAGUUGUCGAGAAUGUUAAUGAACCUCCAUAACAACGAAGCAGGAAGGCGGGCAGUUUAUAAUUAUGCCAAUGUUGCAUGCAAAUGUCAUGGAGUAUCAGGAUCGUGUAGUGUGAAAACUUGUUGGCAGGCAUUACCGCCAUUCAAAGAUGUUGGAAAAAGAUUAAAAGACCGUUAUGACGGUGCAGUGGAAGUAAAAUUUAAUAAAAGAGGAACACGAUUAAUACGAAAGAAGAGACGUUUUAAUAAACCAACACAAGACGAUUUAUUAUAUGUAAAUACGUCACCUGAUUAUUGUGUGGCCAAUAAAACAACAGGUUCAUUAGGGACCGUAGGCAGGGAAUGCAACAGACUGUCCGAAGGGAUGGACGGGUGUAGACUUAUGUGUUGUGGUCGUGGGUACAAUACAUUCAAAAGAAAACUAGUAGAACGAUGCCAGUGUAAAUUUCAUUGGUGUUGCUAUGUUAAAUGUCGGACUUGUGAAAGAAUAGUUGAUAUUAACUCAUGCAAAUGAUCGAAAAAUAUGCAAAAAAAAAAAAAAAACAAAUGUCCGCCUCAAAUAGGCUAUGAGAUUAGAAUAAAAUAUGGUAUUCCGCGAUGCAAGAGAUAAGGUUGUGUAAAGGAUUGGAAAGGCAUUGAAUUACGUCGGAGUGUCCAUUUGCGUAAAUGUGUUCGACAUGUGUUAAUGUAUAGCACAAAUACAGUUAUCACAGGAGUAUAAAUGAAUGCAAAUCAUAACAGUCCAGUUUAACAUGUAUAUACACUUAUGUUCUACCUCUUUAUUUUAGACCUAAACUACAACCAUGACAUGUUUGUUUCGUAGUUCUGAUGCAUACUUGCUUGUAUAACUUGAUUCAGUCUUUACAAAAUACCACACGUAUAUUGACUCCUUCUAGUAUUGAUAAUGAGACUAUGUGAAUGAAAAAAGGCCAGUUUCCUAUGGUAAAUUGAAAUAAGAGUUUCCUCCGUUUAUAUAAUAACAUUGUGGUAUAAAUGUCAGAUUCAUGAAAGUCCUUUAUAUAAGAACGUUUGUCCUGUUUUAAAAAAAUGUUCACAGAACAAGAAUGUUGUAAAUAGUUCGUUUGUACAUAUAGGCAAAGAAUGGUUUUAUCUAAAGUUUCAUUCAGUCUUAUCAAAUUAAAGAACAUUUCCCUCGGUAUUAUAUAAACUUUCACUUAUAAAGACUUCCAGGAAUGAAAGGAGAUUUUCACAUCACUCAGAACAAAUCAAGUGUAUAAAAGAUAUGGAGUUUUCAGAUAUUUAAUCGUAAAAAUAUUAGAAGCGGAAUAACCAAAUAAUAAAAAGAUAAAACAAAUAGAUACACGUGGAGCAUAAACAUUUAAAGCAGAUACUCCUAACUUAUUAAUGUAAUAUGCCAUAUUACAGACAAUUCAUUGUCAUGGAUCCUUUGCCUUAAUAAAAUGAGUAAAGUUUCAAAAUAGGCUGAAUGAAAAUUCAAUAACAUAUCAAUAAUAAAAUGUUGACUGGACAUUUUUUUUAUGAAUCUCAAUGCUUUUAUGAUUGGAAGUUUUAAUCGUUAUGUUCAUUGAAUGUUUUCCUAAUUGUGUUUAUAUAUAUAUAGUUUCAAUCUUGUUUGUAGAUAAUCAUAUAGAAAUUAUUUAUUUACGCAAUGUUUUUUUUUAUGAAACUUGUUUUUUUAUAUAUUGUAACUUGUUUGUUAUAUUUGUUAUAUUUCUAUGUAAUGUAACUGAAAUAUGUGAAAAAUGAUGGGUGAGUGUUUUCCAACACCUACUUUGAUUUUUCAGCACAUCUAUCCAACAUCAUAUACUAUGCAGUUCAUAACAGGUACAAUAUUCAGGAUAGAUGUUCUUUAACGUAAAUCUCUGUUGCAAUAUAGUUUGUAAUAACUCAAGGACAUUCUGGACUUUAAUAUAUCUUGCAUCUAAAUUUCCAAAGAAGUAUCGUAACUUUUUUUUUAUAAACUCAGUUAAAGAUCAAUAUAUUUUUUUUAUUCAAAUCAUUAACUAGGUAAAAAAGAAAAUUAAUGCAUGAUUGUUUUGCACAUUAAGAGGGCAAUAUCAAGAAUAAACAUAGCAUAGGCCAAUGAUUUUUUAUAAAAAGCUUACAGCACAUCACCAAUUAAAAAUUAUUGCGACAGUGGAACGGUGGUAAAUAAAAAGGGGAGGGUGUUUAGAUCUCAUUUUCCGGACUUGUUUUACCGGAUUUUUUCCAAAUAAGUAUCAUGAUGCCUUUAGGUGAUUUGCAAUACAAUUGGAUAUGAAUUUAAAACCAACAAAUAUUUUGAAACUAAUUUGACUAUGAUUUUCAACAAAAAUGGCUCGUACAGUGUAUCAGUUCUAUGUAUUUUUUGUAGAUUUUCAAUUUACUUGAGUAUUACCACGACGUUACAGUAUAUUUGAUGAAUGGAAGCGAUAAAAAAGGCAUCUUUCAUAAAUACAUUUUACGAAACUUGAUACCUAUUUAAAGAUUUAAAUUAAAAUCAUUUAACACUGAAAAUCAUGUACGUGUGACUGAUAUGGAUCUUUAUUUGCAUUGUAAAUAAACUCAUUUUUCAUUCGUCAACAUCGUGUGAGUUUUAGGCCAAGAUUAAUUUGAUUUACUAUUAAAGUUUCCUCCAGGUUCUUGUGAUUUUUGUAUAAUUUUAUGUAUAACCUCUUACUUUUUUAACUGUCUCAAACACACAAUUUAAAGCAAUCUAUAAGAGAAAAAUUAUAUGACAAGAUAUUAUAAAAAAAUCAACAUAAUAUAAUAUGAUAAUAUCUUAGUCUAUGAAUAUAAUAACAAACUUUAAAAGUGUCAUUUUCUCACAAAUCCUUCAUUUUUUUUAUGAAGAAAAGUUUUAUCGGCAUAAAGCUUCAUUUGCAAAUAAAGUUAGUAUCAGUAUAAAAUCUGCACUUUCAUUAAUCGAUAACAUCCUGCCAUACGAAGUAAUGAGUUUCUGUCGGCACUAUUUCUGCAACAUUAACCAAUAUUCAUACGCCUCAGGAGGAAGUCUCAAUCUCCACUCAAAAUGGACGAGACAGAACCACAAAUUAUCCAAAAUGUUGUUAAUGUAAUUUAACUUGACUGUGAAGUGAUUAACUUUAAGUUGAGGAUUCAAUCGGAAUUAAUGUGAUGAAAACAUGUCUAAUUUAGCAGUUAUGAUGUUAGCAUUGAUUUCUCUUACUGAUGUUGUCCCGACAGAAAUUAAGUCUGUAUUAUAGAAAAUCAUUCACUAUUAAAAAUUAUCACCGACUGCAAUAAAUUGUUAAUUUUGUA